CCUACUCUUCAUUAAUUCACAGCUGAAUUGCCAUUACUUCCUCUCUAUAUAUCUUUUUCUCUCUCUAGUUUUCUAUAUUAACAAACCCACACCUUGAAGAUUACCCAAAGCUUGAAGAAAUCAGUUGUCGAGUAGAGUAGAACUGAGCUAUGCCUACUUCAACUACCAUUCAAUGGCUAAGCCUAGUGGGUAACAUUUGGCUCCAAUCAAUCAGUGGAACAAACACAGAUUUCCCAGCUUACUCAUCCCAGCUCAAACAACUCCUUUCAAUCUCCCAAAUUCAACUAAACAAUCUAGCAUUUGCUUCAGAUGCAGGGAAGCUCUUUGGUUGGUUUUCCGGCAUUGCCGCAAUUCACCUUCCUCUUUGGUUAGUACUCUUGAUUGGUUCCAUCCUUGGGAUGAUUGGUUAUGGUUUCCAAUUCCUAUUCCUUAUCAAGGGAAUCUCUUCACUUUCAUAUUGGCAGUACUUCUUGCUCACUUCUCUAGCUGGAAAUAGCAUUUGUUGGAUCAAUACAGUUUGUUAUGUUACGGCCAUUCGAAAUUUCCCAUCUAAUCGACAAGUUGCAGUGGGGAUAUCGACGAGCUAUGCCAGUUUAACUGCAAAGAUUUUUACUAAUAUAGUCGAAUGGGUCUUCUCUUCUUCACCCAUGAAGAAGGCUGAAGGGUAUCUUCUUCUUAAUUCAAUUGUGCCUAUAGGAGUCUCUAUGCUCACUGCACCUCUUCUUAGAGAGGUUGAGGUGAAGAAGGAUAAGGAGAAGGAGAAGCAUAUAGGAGGAGGUUUCAUUGUUAUGUUUGUUAUAACAAUAGUAACCGGAAUUUACGCCGUGAUCGGAAGCAUGAGAACGAUAUCCAAUGGUAUCUCGCCGUGGAUUCUUGUGGUUGGCAUGGGGUUUCUGCUAGCUGCUCCACUAGUGAUCCCUUUGGUCACUUGGUUUAGAGUGAUUUUGGAGAGUAAAUCUUGGUGGAGUAAUAGCAUGAGAGAGAAGAGAAUUCAUCAUCUUCAAGUGACUGAUCAGGUUUGUGUUAGUGAGGAAAUAGAGAUUGAGAUCAAAGAAGCACAAUUAGAGUUUGAAGUUGAAGAAGAAGAUGUUGAGAUCAUUAGAGCUAAAGAAGAGAUUGGAGUGAUGUUAAUGAUUCAAAGGGUGGACUUCUGGUUAUAUUUCUUUGUUUAUAUGUUUGGUGCAACACUUGGGUUGGUAUAUUUGAACAACUUAGGCCAAGUAGCUGAGUCUCGUGGAUACUGUCAGACUUCUUCUUUGGUCUCAUUGUCUUCCUCCUUUGGUUUCUUUGGGCGUCUCCUUCCUUCUCUCCUAGACCAUUUUUUCUCAAAAAGUAGGUACAUGAUAUCAAGAACAGCAUUUAUAGCAACACUGAUGGUCCCAAUAGCAGGAGCAUUUUUCUUACUUCUCAACCCUGCCAAUCUCUCUCUAUACAUCAGUACCGCGAUUAUCGGAGUAUGCACCGGUGCAAUUUCUUCAGUUUCAGUCUCAUUGACACCGGAGUUAUUUGGUACCAAGAAUUUCAGUGUGAAUCAUAACAUCGUCGUUGCAAAUAUUCCUUUGGGUUCAUUAAUAUUUGGUUACAUGGCAGCCAUUCUUUAUCAAAGAGCUGGAUUUGAAGGACAUGGGAGAUGCAUGGGGGUUGAAUGUUAUAGAAAGACAUUUAUCAUAUGGGGUUCUACUUGCUCUCUAGGAACUCUUCUUGCUUUCAUCCUCUAUCUUCGGACUCGAAAAUUUUACUUGCAGAGGCUUUGAAGUAGUAGAAAUCUAUAGAUUUGCAGCUUCAAUGGCUUAGUUAUGCCAUUAAAAUCAAUGUUCUCACCUUCCUUUUAUUGUCGGUUUAAACUGUAAACUAUAAACAGUUCUGAUAAUACAGAUUUACCCAACAGAGAUUACUGUCAUAGUAUUAGAAGUAAUCAUUAUGAUGUAGGGAAAUCUUGUUGUAACCAAACUUUGUCAAAAGGAAAGUAACCUUACAUUUUGAGUAAA